CUUAAAGCGACAGGUAGGCCAAAAAUAAGGAGAGUGGUGUGGGAAGUGAAGUGUGAGCCCAACCACCUCCACCUCAUAGCUGGAAAACUUUACUAGUCUUUCUUCUUCUCCGACCAAAAGAUGCUUUGUCUCAAAUCUGAAGCCCUCCAUGACGAUCAGACGUUAGCUGCUACCUCUUCUUCUUCCUCUCCCAGCAUCGAUCGUACCUCCGCUAAUGCCACUCUUCGUAUUCCCAUCAACUGGGGAAGCUCGAUCCGGAGGUAUUUGAAAAAGACUGGUACUUUCUCCAGAAGAUCUUACUCCUCUGGAGAUGGCUCUCUUUAUUUCCCUGAUCUAGAUGAAAGCAAGAUUCUUGAUCAAAAUAGUGGUAGAUUUGAAGGAAAAAGCAGAGUUUGGUACAAAUGUGAGCUUGAACAAGACAUUAAGAAGCUGCAGCAGCAGUUACAAGAGGAGAUCAACUUACGCUUAGCUCUAACUAGUGCUGUUGAGCACUCUAGUUCUCCCUUCAUGGAAUCACCUUGUCAACUUCCUGAUAAGGCACAGGAGCUUUUGGACAGCUUAGCAGUACUAGAAAUCACAGUGUCAAAGCUUGAACAAGAAUCAGUUUCCUUGAGAUAUUUACUAAGGCAAGAGAAGAACGAGCGGCGUCUUACUGAGAUUCUACAAAAGAACAAGUCUCAUUAUUCUUCUGCACCCUCUAAGCUCACUAAUGCACAAAGUUUCCCAAACAAGUUGGUGACAAGAAAAAGAGAGACUAAACAAGUGGUUUCUGUUGAUGAUGAAUCUUUACAAAUAAAAUGAAGAAGCAAAGAAAGAUGAUGUCAUCUUAGCCAUAGCCAGAUUGCUUGAUCUAUAUAGUCUGUGAGCGAAACAUUUUGGAAAAGUCAAAAGAGCCUUGUUAAGUUUCUUCAUCACCCUGGUGCUAGAAUUGCCUUUCAGACUCAACAAACUGGUCCCGUAGCAUCAUCUCUACAUCGAAAUCUUUGAAAGAAUACAGAGCUCUUGUACUGUAUCUCUGUUCUAUAUUUGCUUAGAAAAUCUGGCCAUGUCCGAGAAGUCAAACGUAGAGUAAGGUUAUGCCCUGCAGGAGCAGCAGCAAUGAGAAGCUCAAUUCUGUAUUAAAACAUACAAUGCAUUGUUGUUAUCACUUGGCAAAUCAAUUGAUCAUUUAUUCUUUUUUUUUUUGGCUUUCUACUUUUUUAGUCUUCUUGCUGUUUCUGCCUGUUUCUUUGACUUGGACAACGAGUGAUGAGAAUCUUCAUCAGAUCACAAGUAAAGCUGCC